AAUAAAGAUUUCGGUAUGCCCGCUUUUUUUGCUCCGUCUCCCAGGUACCCCGUGACACCGGAAGUUGAUGAAUGACAGGUUUCCGUGCAGUCAUGGCACCCAAAUAUGACGGCUUGUCCCACUGUAAACUGGCCCUGGUGUUCGCUGUGCUCAUGGACCUGCUGGGUGUGAUAUCCCUGCUGCUGGGGGUCUUUGCUCCACUGGAGAUCGAAGGCCGAGACUUCGGGGAUCUGCUGGUAUACUCAGGAGCCCUGCUGGUGCUAUUUUCCCUGGCAGGCUGGGUCAUGUGGUACAGUGGUAAUAUUGAGGGUCUGACCUCCACAAAGGAGUUGGGGAGAACUGUUGGUGGAGCUAUGGACCGCCUUGCCCGCUCCCUGAGCCGCAGGAUACGGAUCCCCAGGACUCACAGCAGCCCAGCAUAGGAAGUGGAGCUCAAAGAAACCAACUGACUGACAUAGACUGUUACAUGAAAGGCUGUCCUUCACUGGGCGGCGGGCCAAACUGCCUGAGGCAAAGGAGUGUCACAGCCGGUUGUCGUUCUCUUUACAAACGCGUCUCUAGUGGAGUUAACUAACACAUGACAUUGUUCACAUGACAACAAAAUAACUGUAUCCUCUCUGCUUAAGUUGUAUAUUGUGGAUUACUCAGGCUUUAGUGUAUCGGCACUACUAAAGAUUUUAAUAUAUGAAUAUUAAAAAGAUGAAUCU